UGAGGUGAAAGCUGCCAAAGCAUAAAAAAAGGUUGCUUAGUCCUGACUCAAUCUAAUGCUGCUGGUCUGGGCCCAGAAUGUGGAGAAAUAUCAGAAGCUAUGAGGAGAAGAAGAACAUAUGUGAUGAAAGCAGCCAUAGACUCAGGCUAUGAGUUAGGGCGUUUAAAGAGGCUGAGGAUUCCUCUCGACUCAGAUGGUAUCAUGUUUCUUUCAAAGGCUCAAGCGUUACUGAACUCUGAAUUAUAUGAGUUGCAAAUGGACCUGUGAAGCUUCUGAGAUCCCUUCCCUAAGCAAAUGGCCAAGGGGCUACUGGUAACCUACGCUCUUUGGGCAAUAGGGGGCCCUUUUGGCCUCCAUCAUCUCUACCUGGGGCGUGAUAGCCAUGCUUUGUUGUGGAUGCUUACUUUGGGAGGUGGGGGGUUGGGUUGGCUCUUGGAGUUCUGGAAGCUCCCCAGCUUUGUGGCACAAGCCAACCAAGCCCGAGGGCAAAGGAAGAAUCAUGAAGAACUGAUACCCAGUCUAAGUCCAUUGCGCUUUUUUGCCCAGAUCCUGGUGGGCAUCUAUUUUGGCUUUGUGGCCCUGAUUAGCCUCUCCUUCAUGACCAGCUUCUAUAUUGUGGGUCUUCCAUUAGCUGUUGGUUUAGGGGUAUUGUUAGUGGCCACUGUGGGCAACCAGACUUCAGACUUUAAGAGUAUUUUAAGGGCAGCAUUUUUGACCUCUCCUCUUUUCUAUGGCCGCCCCAUAGCCAUUCUGCCCAUCAGCUUGGUCGCCAGCGUCACAGCACAGAGACACCGGAGCUACAAGGCCCCUUUGGAGGCUGAGACUCUCACUCUUCGGCUCUACCACCUAGGACUUGCUUACCUGGCUUUCACAGGUCCUGUGGCCUACAGCAUCUUCUGCAACAUGGCUGCCACUCUCCAGUGUGUAACAGAGACCCUUGGCUCCUUCUUGUAUUGGCUUACCUUCUUCCCUGUCUUCAGCCGGAUCGUGGAGUCUAUCCUUAUCCUACCUUACCGGGUCUGGCUUCUGGUGGGGAAUCCGGGUUUUGGCAGUGUCUCCUUUCAGGAAUGGGAGAAGCUGUUUGAGUUUGUCAGAAGCUUUCAGGAUGAGAAACAGCAGCUAGCUUACCAAGUUUUGGGCCUUAGAGAUGGGGCAACAUCUGAUGAAAUCAACCAGCGCUACCGGGAAUUAGUGAAGAUUUGGCACCCAGAUCACAACAGGCACCAAGUAGAGGAAGCUCAAAGACACUUCUUAGAGAUCCAGGCUGCUUAUGAAAUCCUCAGGAAGUUUAGGAAGUCCAGAGACUCCUGAUGAGUUGGAAAAAGGAGGCAAUGAUGUAUUAAGAAGCCUGUCCUUUGCCAUGGGCUCUUCCUGGGAAAUUCUAUCUCUGCAGUUUUGUUCACUGUGUUUCUCCCAACAGAAUCAAGGGAGGGGUUGGUGCAUGAAGCUGCUACUGUUGGGGAUGAAAAGAUUUUAUUGCAUUAGGAAAUAUGGAUAUAUGGUAAAGUUUUUAAUCUCAUGGUUUCUGUUUUCUUGUUUUUAAACUUUAAUGAUGGGGCAAGGGGAAUACUAUGAAACAUAAAAAAUAUUUGAUCUUUCA